AAUAGAAGAAAAAAUGUUUUAUAGUCCAGUUUGUUGUAUAUUCAUACACAAGCAUUGGUCGAAUUAAAACCUUACAAAAAAAAAUAAAAAAAAAUUGUAAAAAAGAAAAACAAAAACAAUGACAUCAUUGGUACAGAACUUAAGCCCUCAGGCUGGAUUGGGUGGACCGAUGCCAGCAUGGAUGAAAAUCGAUUGGAGCCCCGAAGUGGAGCAAGGCAUAUACAAGGAUUGGGGGGCAUAUUAUUCAAGGCGUCGUCGUGAAAAUUUUGCAAUGUAUUAUUAUGAUAAGGCUCUAAAUUUGGCUCCCGAUGACUUUGUUACAUAUUAUCAUCGAAGUCAGAGUAAGCGAAAGACGGCACAAACUGAAGGAGCCCUCCAGGAUUGUAAGGAAGCACAAAGAAUCAUACAAAGUGCCCAUACCGAAAAUGCUCCAAUCAAUUUGGAAAUAUGCGAUGCCCUCUACGAGUUGAAUCAAUUUGAAAAUGCCAAGGCCGAAUUGCACAAUAAUACACGAUUAUUUACGGGCAAUAAGACCAAAGGAUUUGAAAAACGUCUCAUUGUGGUGGAUGAAACUAUAAAAGAAUCCUGUGGCGAUGCGUUGACACCAUUUUUUUCGGAAAACGAUAAACUUAUCUUUCAUGUGAAACAACUACUAAAUGCCCAAAAUGAAAAAGAUGAUCGUGUACUUUGGAAAAUCCUGAAGGAGCAAGGAAAAUGUGAUGUCAUUAGUAUUCCGGAAAUCGAAGAAGAACUUUUGCCACCUUUGGAAAUUGCUAGAAGAAAACGUGCUUUUGAUGUCUUUAAUCAAAUGUAUAUGGACGAGUCAUGGAUUGAUGUUGUAUUUUUGAAAAACCUAAGAAGAAAUCCAAAUUUACUUUUGAAUCAAUGUAAAUAUUCCAAAGACUAUUUAGGCCUAUUGACUACAAAACAAUACGAAACGGUUAAAAAGUUUUUGAAAAUGCUUCAUGCCCGUGAUCCCAUGUAUUAUCUACGUUACACAAAAUACUCCAACAAAAAGAUGUUGGAUAAAUUUCGAGAGGAUUAUCUUUUUCGUGUUCAGUAUCAGACGAGACGUAAUAUGAUAUCUGUUUUGCGUAGCAUUCGGCAUCUACGGGCUUCUAAAAAUUUAAUGAGACUUGCCAAAUAUGUGGAGGAGGUAAUGGGAGAUUAUGUUGUCCUGAAAACAAGUCGCAUAAUGCCAUGGAAAUUCGAGUUCUUGAAUGAAGUUUACAACACUUUGGGUUUAGCUCUUGUCGAGCAAUACGAUGUGCCGAAAUAUUUUCGGGCAAAUGAUAAAAAGGCUCUGCUCAAAUUAUUACAUCUACCCACUGAUAAAUCCAAGGACUUGAAAACCUUCAUAUUCGGGGUUCGUUCGACACACCAAGAACCAGACUUGGUAGAUCCUGUUGUGCAAAGAUCUAGACGUUUGAUAUCAAGAUUAGAGAAACGUAUGCUCUUUGCCAAGUAUUCGAUAGAGAAAUGCUAUUUGUUACAUCAAAUUGGGGAUAGCCAUUUGCAAUCGAACCGAUUUGAUGAAUGUUGUUUCUCUGCUCGAAAGGCAAUAGAAGAAACUAAAAAUUGCAAUAGUAAUGUAUGGAAAUUCUUGAGUACAAUGCUUAUAGUCAAAUCACAUGCUGCUCUUCAUAAAAUUGAACGUACUAAAGAGGCACUGGAUAAUGCAUAUCAAAUUGCUGCAAGUCUGGGUAAUCCUUUGAUUACCCGUUUCGUUGAAGUUUGCAUUCUCUGCAAUGAAGAAGAGUUUAUACAAAAGAAGACAAGCCUUAGUAUUAAUGCAAGUCGACGUGAGAGUAAAGUAUCUGUCCCCAGUUCAGUCUUUAUUAGUAACGAUAAUAUUCUUUGAUCGUUCAAAACAAUCUCCGCCCCUUGGUGUUAAUAUCAAUAAUUUAGUAACUUCAAAAUUAUUUUUCUGGAAAUUCUUAGUUUAAUUAAAGAAUACUCGACGAUUCUUUAACAUAUUAUGCAAAAAAUAUGCGAGACAAUUGUAUAAUAACGAAAUCUUUAUAAAUAACAAAAUGACAAUAUG